AUGGUGUUUGGCAGAACUGCCCCUCCCCAACCACUACCACCACAAACACUCCUCUCUCAACCUGCACAUUGCAACCAGCAACAACGGGGGCCAGAGGAGCCAAGCCAGGUCUACAGACCUACCUGGAGAGGUGGGAGACAUGGCCCAGAAACCAUUCCCUGCUCUGCUGCUCAGGUCCACAUUUUAAGCCUGCUGGAGCACAUUAAGCAGCAGCAGGACCAGCUGGUGGCCAAGGUCAAUCACCUGAGCAGCAGGGUGCUCAACACCUCAACACCUCAAGAGCCAGAGUGUCCUGAGUGCAUUCAGCUGCCCAUCGAAUCACUGGAAGCGGUGGAUGAGCUUGAAGCAUUCCUGAAAGACGCUGCCAAUGCAGCAGCCAAACAAAGAAUGAUUUCUUCUUUGGCCACGAUUGGUGGCCAAGAUGUGAAGAGAGUGGCAUGGAACAUCCUCUCUCAGAUGUUCACAGAAGAAGUGGCCAAGACCAUAAGCUGGAAGGGGGUGCUGUACGUGCAAAUAGUUUGUCGCACAGCCACAGACAUUCAACGUUAUGCCAUAAGAUGGUUUAACUUGGCUGCAGACCGUGGUGCGGCAAGGAGGCGCCUGACCAACCGGUCUAACCAGGCUGAGGCAGAUGAUUAG